AUGUUAGCUUCAGGACCAGGUGGCCAGGGAACUAAGCACUUGCUGCUCUCGGUUCUGCUCCUUACAGCGUGGGAGGCCGAGAGCGGCCAAGUCCACUACUCGGUCCCGGAGGAGGCCAAACACGGCACCUUCGUGGGCCGCAUCGCCCAGGACUUGGGGCUGGAGCUGGCAGAGCUGGUGCCGCGCUUCUUCCGAGUGGCGUCCAAGGGUAACGGGGAUCCUCUGGAGGUAAAUCUGCAGAAUGGCAUUUUGUUUGUGAAUUCUCGGAUCGACCGGGAGGAGCUGUGUGGACGGAGCGCGGAGUGCAGCAUCCACCUGGAGGUGAUCGUGGACAGGCCGCUGCAGGUUUUCCAUGUGGAGGUGGAGGUGAAGGACAUUAACGAUAAUCCGCCUGUAUUCCCAGCAACACAAAAAAAUUUGUUUAUUUCCGAAACAAGGGCUCUUGACUCUCAUUUUUCACUAGAGGGCGCCUCUGAUGCAGAUAUCGGGGCCAACGCUCUGCUGACUUACAAACUGAGCCCCAGUGAGUAUUUCUCUCUGGAAGUACCCACCAACGAUGAUCAGGUAAAACCGCUCCAACUAGUACUAAAAAAACUCUUAGACAGGGAAGUCGCUUCAGAGAUUCUCUUGGUGCUCCAAGCAAUUGAUGGGGGCAAACCUGAGCUGACAGGUAGCACAGAGUUACACAUCACAGUGCUGGAUGUAAAUGACAACGCCCCAGUGUUUGACAAAGCAGUCCAUCGUGUAAAAUUACUGGAGAAUUCGAAAAACGGUACAUUGGUUAUUAGACUUAACGCCUCGGAUUUGGAUGAAGGUUCAAACAGCCACAUUCUUUAUUCUUUUGCAACUGAUGUCUCCUCUAAUACAGAAGCCUUCUUCUGCAUAGAUUCAGCCAGUGGAGAAAUAAAAGUAAACGGAAAAAUAGAUUUUGAAGAAACUAAAUUAUGGAAACUUCAAAUAGAAGCAGUUGACAAAGGAAAUCCCCCGAUGUUUGGUCACUGCACAAUCUUGGUAGAAAUCUUGGACAUUAAUGAUAAUGCUCCGGAGUUGCUAGUGACGUCACUAUCGUUGUCUGUUCCAGAGGAUGCUCCCCCCGGCACGGUCAUUGCCCUAAUCAGUGUAACUGACCGUGACUCUGGUGCCAACGGGCAGGUGACCUGCUCA